CUGUUGCAGGUUUUUUCUUCUCGUAUCCUCAGAAGGAAUAUUAAAAUCUAAUCUUAUUAAGAUAACAUCUGCUGAUGUGUCUGUACAGGCUGGAUGAUUGAUGCGGACAGCCGACCACGUUUCCGCGAACUAAUAGCUGAGUUUACAAAGAUGGCACGGGAUCCUUCCCGUUAUCUUGUCAUUCAGGGUGAUGACCGCAUGCACCUGCCGAGUCCCACCGAUACGAAAUUCUACCGCAGUCUGAUCAGUGGAGAGGAUAUGGAGGAUGCUGUGGAUGCAGAUGAAUACUUGGUGCCACAGCAUGGCUUCUUUAGCAGUCCAAGCACUUCCCACACCCCAUUGCUUCACUCCACAAGCCUCACCAGCAGCAUUGGAACGUGCCACAGCAGAAAUGGUUUAUUGAAUGGGCUCCCGAGCAGAGAUGGAAGCUUGGUUCUCCGCUAUAUUCCUGACCCCACGGUCAACAUUUUGGACGAUGCCUUCCAGCCAGCCCCAGACUACAUGAACCAGAAUGGAGUCUCAGAUAUGAUGAAUCCCAUCUACCAACACCCCGGUCCGCCUCGCACCCUACUUCCUACCAUCUCUUCAGACGACACAGAGACAGAGUACCUGAACUGCUUUAAGAAUGUGGCCAGCAGACCAGAGUAUCUCAACGAGUUCCCAUCCCCCGCCAUUCUCCCGCUCACCUCCAAUGGCACAGUGCACAGCAUUCAGAAAUACCUGCCGCAGAACAGCAUAGACAACCCUGAUUACCAACAGGAUUUCAGUCCCAUCAUCAAGACCCAUACCAACGGACACAUCCCAGCAGCGGAGAACACAGAGUACCUGGGCCCAGACUGAGGACUUAGUGGAUACUGACAGGAAAUGAGACUGUUCCAUUAAGAAAGGGCAUUGACUCCUGGGAGUAGUUAAAUGGUACAAUCCAUUAUCACAUAUGCUGUAUCCUUUAUUACAGAGUCAAGUGACACUUUGUGCAGCUUUUCAUGUUGUAUGCAUGCUCUCAUACUUGUCACAAAAACGUGUCUCAUUCCAAAGACUUUUCCUGAUCACCAAACCACAAAUGACGUUUUCAGGAUGCAGCGUGACUCAUACGUGACUCAGAUGACCCGUAAGUUGCAAGAGCAGAUAAACUCUGUCCUAAUGUCGUAACCCCUGUGAGAAACUGAAAAUCUCUUUUGAACAUGUCAGAUGUGAAGAUCUCUAAAUGUUCUGCACGAAAUGCUGUAUGUGAUCCAAAUGUGUCGGUGGAAGAAUGCUAUUAAAAGGAUUUCAACGCCUCCGUUUUUCAGGAGGCAGAAGCUCCUGCUAAGAACAGAAAAACAGAAAAAUGGCAGCUCAACACAGCUUAAGGUACAUGUUUUGUAGAAUCGCUGGUUAGGGAGACAAUCACUAGAGUGUAUUGAUAUAUUGAUAUUCAAGAGGUUGACAAUAGUCCACUUGCUUGAUGCUGAUGUGAAGCCUUGUUUCUCUGUGGUGAUGUCAAGAAGAUAAAAUGCUGGCUCAGCUGUUGGGGUUCUCAAAGGGCUGACGACACUCUUCCUGAAGGAUGAGUCAAUGAGAAAACAGGUUGUAUAGAAUGUAUAGUCAGUUUACGUGGGAAUACUGGUGAAGUGUGUCAUUUAAAUAUGUUACCUUUAUGCUCUAAGACAGUUCUGUGUGUAUUACUAAUAUAUUGCUUUCUCUUAGAUAGAAACAAAGGUAAUCCUGUGCCCCCUUAUGUGUGCUAUCACACCAACUAUGUAGAAAAAUGGAUGGUAGAUACGGCAGUGGACCCACAGAGUCAGCUGAACUAUGGCAUAUUUGUCCUUUUUUUUCUGGCCCUGUUACUGAUUUCUUCCCACGCAUGGUAUAUAUUUUAACACUUCUGUGUGUACUAAAAGCUUAUCUGGUUUGUUCUGCUCAGCACAUUCACUUGGCAGCCAAAGUCUGAUUUUUUAAAAAAAGCUUAAAAAUAACAGUAUGCUUUCCCAUAGUGUUUUUUUCUUUUUUUUAUUUAUUUUGAGUUUGAAAUGCUGGUUGAACUGUCUUAGGUCAUGCUGAGGAACGUGUUUGAAUUUUUAAAUAAAAGUAGUAUUUCCCUGUAAACAUGAUGCUGGCUAUUUUAGAAACUAUUUGAAUGGCUUUAAGCUAUUUAACUAAGACUGUUGUAUACUAAUGUAUCUAUAUUAUUACCAGAGGCUUUCCUUGUCUGAUUUUGUUUUUUAUUAAAAAUGUAGGCUUUUGUUUCUCACGGGGUGUUGACACCAUAACUAUAAAUCUAUCUGCUCCUAGCUUUAAAGUCUAGUAGUCCUGCAAGAACAUUACUUCUAUACUGUACAUAUCAUUCCUAGUUUUAAAUGAAUAUUCUAUUGUAGCAGCCUAUAAGCCUUUUGCAGAUUUUACACAGGUACAUGUCCAGAAAACAGUGAUCAUGUUGUAAUAUACCCCAAAAUAAUCACCUUUAAUUUAUCAGUACAUAUCAUACACGAAUAUGCACUUAUUCCUGAAUUGUGAUUAUUUCAUUCAAAAGUGAAUAAAUCUUUUUUCUAUGGAAAUGUAUCU